UCUACCACUGCAUAGAUAGAUAAUCACCCAAAAGUGGUGUGGCCGACUUCAGAUUUGCAACAACUUAAGGCUUUGGUAUAACGUACUAAAAGAAGCUGAAAAAACGGAGGAGCGGCAUGGAUCUACAAAAAAUUCAUCAAAGUGGUGGGCCUCACACGGUAAAGAUAACAUCCGCUGGUGAAACCUAAACCGGUACCAAUCUACACGUAACACUGCACCUCCGUGGAUACCGAGUUGAUGUGGCAAAAUUAUAGACAUGAAGCAAGUCGAGACAUUCAGCAGAACGAUACACCCGCUGCGCUGCACCAUGAUACAAUUCAGUAGCAACAAAAAUAUUCCAGCUUAACUAGCGGAUUAUUGGAACAUGGACGAUUCAAAUAAUCAGACCAUCUCAAGAAGAAGAAUGGAGCUUGCACUUGUACCUCAACGGGGAUUUUGGUCAUUACUCCUCCUUCCCUUCCUUCUCCCAUGCAUGAACUGCAUACGAAUUGAUUCCCCCACCUUGGGAAAUGAGACGGAUCAACUUGCUUUGAUCGCAUUCAAGGAUUGGAUAUCUGAAGAUCCUUUCCUCGUCUUCAACUCAUGGAACUAUUCCCUCCAUUUCUGCAACUGGGAAGGAGUCACAUGCAGUUGCAGGCAUCCUCAAAGAGUCACCUCCUUGAAUCUUGGGUCUCACAGAUUGGUGGGGCUCAUGUCACCUCACGUAGCAAACCUCACCUUCCUGAGAAGUAUCAACCUCUCGAACAACAGCUUCCAUGGUGAAAUCCCACGAGAAAUGGGCCGGCUCUUCUGGCUUCGAGAUCUUAAUCUGAGUCAUAAUCUGCUGCAAGGAGGAAUCCCCGACAAUCUGUCCAACUGCUCGGAACUCAGAUCUAUCAUUUUAGAUGAAAACAAGCUCGUGGGGAGAAUUCCAGUCGAGCUUAGCUCACUGUCAAAGCUCGUGACAUUGAAUCUUGGCCGUAACAAUCUCACCGGUAACAUCCCAGCACCACUCGGGAACCUCUCGUCUCUUGUUACUCUCUAUCUAUAUUAUAAUGGUGUGGAAGGAAGCAUCCCAAAUGAGCUAGGACGGCUAGUGAAGUUACAAAAUCUUGAUAUAUAUUCAAAUAACCUGUCUGGUCUCAUCCCACCAUCGCUUUACAACCUUUCAUCCAUCGUUGAGUUCUGUGUGACAUUUAACCGACUUCAUGGAAAGGUUCCAGCCAAUCUCGGUCUCACCCUUCCUAAUCUCAAAUAUCUUCACCUUUCAGAAAAUGCAUUUACGGGGCCAAUACCAGUUUCAUUACCCAAUGCUUCAAAACUUGCUGUUAUUAGUUUUGCUAAUAAUAAUUUUAGUGGACCUGUUCCUGGAAAUUUGGGAAGAUUGCAGGAUCUCCAUAUCCUAUUUGGACUUGGUAAUCAUCUUGGAGGUGGAGAAGGAGAUCAUGACUUGACUUUCCUCACUUCUUUGACCAAUUGCAGUCAUUUGGAAGUAGUACAUCUCCAUUCCAAUCGACUGAGAGGAGAACUUCCUGCCAGCAUUGUCAAUCUCUCUAUCCACCUAAAAAUACUAGAGUUAGGAGAAAACCCAAUAUCUGGAAGCAUCCCAACAGAUAUUAGUAAUCUCUUCAACUUAAAUAGGUUUGGUGUAUAUAGGAGCUUUGUGAUGGGUAUUAUUCCUAUUGGUGUUGGGAAGCUUCAAAAUUUGCAGGGAUUGUAUUUGUACAGCAACAGACUUUCAGGACAAAUCCCAUCCUCCGUUGGCAACAUCACUCGGUUGGUUAAACUCUAUUUAGAUGGAAAUUGUUUGCAAGGAAGCAUCCCCUCGAGUCUGGGAAACUGUCGUCAUCUUGAAACAUUGGUUCUUAGUAGAAACAAGCUGAAUGGUACCAUACCCAAAGAAAUUUUAAGUAUUCAUUCCCUGGUCACACUUAAUAUAGACCAGAAUUCUUUGGUUGGAUCUCUACCACCAGUCGUUGGUAAGUCGGAACUACUUCAAUAUUUGUUUGCUGCUGACAACAAAUUGAUGGGUGAAAUUCCUAGUGAGAUAAACAAUUGUCUGAGCCUUGAAGUCCUCAAUUUGAGUAAUAACUUAUUUCAAGGAGCCAUUCCUCCGGGUUUGAGCAACUUAAAAGGUAUUAAAUUGCUAGAUUUUUCUCAUAAUAAUUUGUCUGGGCAUAUUCCAGUAGCUCUAGAGAAAUUUCCAAUUCUGGAGUACUUGGACUUGUCAUCCAAUAAUCUCAAUGGCCCAGUCCCAACUCAAGGGGUUUUCCAAAAUUCAAGCAAAUUUUCAGUCCUUAGAAACAAGGAGCUUUGUGGAGGUGUCCCACAAUUACGGCUGCCAGCAUGCCCAAGGAAAGCUCCUAAGAAACAUGGAAUGUCGAUCUCUCUAAGAGUAAUAAUCUCCAUGGUCAGUGUAGUUUUGGGUUUGAUUCUUUCAUCAUUUCUCUUUGCUACACUUUUUCGGGUGAGUAGAAAGGCAAACAAGAGGCCCUUGCCUGACUUUUUCUUGGAGGGCCAAUUUUUAAAUGUUUCUUAUGCGGAUCUCUUUAAAGCGACUGGUGGGUUCUCUUUGGAUAAUUUGAUUGGUGUGGGAAGUUAUGGUUCUGUAUACAAAGGGCUUCUAGAUCACGAUCAAACAUGUGUUGUAGUGAAAGUUUUCAAUCUACAACAACGUGGUGCUUCUAGGAGUUUCAUGGUCGAAUGUGAAGCCUUGAGAAAUAUCCGGCAUCGGAAUCUAGUUAAAAUCAUAACUGCUUGCUCAAGCAUUAAUUUUGAAGGCAAUGAAUUCAAAGCUCUAGUAUUUGAGUACAUGCCUAAUGGGAGUCUAGAGAAGUGGUUGCAUCCAAGUGUACAUGGGAAGCAAGAGUUGUGGAGCUUGAACCUUAUUCAAAGGCUAGAUAUAGCCAUUGAUGUUGCUUCUGCAUUGGAGUAUCUUCAUCACCAUUGCCACAUGCAGGUCAUUCAUCGUGAUCUAAAACCAAGCAAUGUCCUACUGGAUGAUGACAUGCACGCCCAUGUGGGUGAUUUUGGAAUAGCAGGAUUCCUUUCUAGUGCUAAUACCUCUCAAGAUCAAACCAGGUCAUCUGGGAUAAAGGGAUCUGUUGGCUAUGUUCCUCCAGAGUAUGGAAUGGGCGGAAAGGUGUCUACACGUGGAGAUGUCUAUAGUUAUGGGAUCCUUCUUUUGGAGAUGUUCAUGGGGAAGAGACCAACGGAUUACUUAUUUAAAGACGGCCUGAGCCUUCAUGAAUUUGCUAAAAUGGCUUUGCCUGAUCAAGUGAUGAGGAUUGUAGACCGACAACUGCUCUCAGAAGAAGUUCAAGCUCUGAGCAAUAAGAAACAAAGCAACACUUUCCCGAGUAAAAUGCAAGAGUGCCUGGUUUCUAUAGUUAAAAUUGGUGUAGCGUGUUCUGUGGAAUCUCCAAGCGAACGAAUGAACAUGAGAGAUAUUGUUGUGGAAAUGCAUGCAAUCAGGGAUUUAUAUAUUGGGUUCGAGAUCCAUCGAGACAACCACGAUUGAGGGGCCAAGGUUCAUCUUUUCUUAGUAAAUCUUGACAUAUUUUGGGUGGCUAAGGAUGAAAGAUAUAUAUGUAGUGUAUAGUAAGUUGCAUCAAGUGUUCUACUUAGUUUUUCAGCAUUUUAUUAAAGGAUUGUAUUGUAAGAUAUUAUCUUUCUAAGAAAUGAUUUUUAAACUAAAAGCUAAUAUGGAUAGAAUGAAAUGAGUAGUAAAUAAUAAUUGUUUAGUCAGAAAUGAGGCAGGGAUAGGAAGGUCUAAGGCAUUUAGCCUAAGUUUGGUCACCUUGAGAAUGCAAUUGGAUGGAACUAAUUCCCGCCCAAAAUCAGCAGCAUGGAUGCUUC